CAAAUGCUAAAAGUCAGGAGAAAAAAAAAAAAUUAAGUUUUUAAAGUCAAGCAAAAAGUAGCGACUACAAACCACAGAAAUCUCCAAGAGCAUAUCUCUCUCUCUCUACUGAAACUAUGGAUUUUCAUCCAUGGAAGGCUAUGGCAGCAGUUGUUGCAUUUAUCCUUCAAAUAUGCUUAUCAGCUAAGAUUUUGGAGGCUUCACCCUUAGAUUCUGAUCAAAUCGACAAGUUACCUGGGCAACCAGAGGUUAGUUUCCAACAGUUUUCAGGAUACAUCACAGUGGAUGAAAAGAAAGAAAGAGCUCUUUUCUAUUACUUUGUUGAGGCAGAAACAGACCCAGAUUCAAAGCCCCUUGUUCUCUGGUUAAAUGGAGGGCCAGGUUGUUCUUCUGUUGGAGUAGGAGCCUUCUCUGAACAUGGACCUUUUAGGACAAGUGGAGACAGAUUGGUCAAAAAUGAAUAUAGCUGGAACAAAGAAGCAAACAUGUUGUACUUGGAGACACCAGCAGGAGUUGGGUUCUCUUACUCUAUUAACACCUCUUAUUAUGAGGGGGUAGAUGAUGAGAUGACUGCCAGGGAUAAUCUCAUCUUCCUGCAGCAGUGGUUUGUCCAGUUCCCAGAAUACAGAAGUAGGGACCUGUUUGUCACAGGGGAAAGCUAUGCUGGCCAUUAUAUUCCACAACUAGCACAGCUCAUGCUUCAGUUCAACAAAAAGGAGAAGUUAUUCAAUCUGAAAGGAAUGGCUCUGGGAAAUCCUCUUCUAAAUUUCGUUACUGACUUCAAUUCGAAAGCUGAAUUUUUCUGGUCACAUGGGUUAAUUUCGGAUUCAACAUAUGAGAUCUUCACUUCAGUUUGUAACUACUCUCGGUACAAGAGUGAGUCAUACAGAGGCUCUGUUUCCUCUGUUUGCUCAGCAGUGAUAAACCAAGUCAACAAUGAAAUUAGUAUAUAUAUCGACAGAUAUGAUGUUACAAUUGAUGUCUGCCUAUCAUCCAUUUUAUCACAAUCUAAUGCUCUCACACACCUGCAAGUUGCAGAGGAACUAGAUGUCUGUGUUGAAGAUGAAACUACAAAGUAUUUCAACCGGGAUGAUGUACAGAAGGCUCUCCACGCUCGUCUUUUGGGAGUCUCGAGUUGGGCUUCUUGCAGUCAUAUUCUACACUAUCAGUUGCUCAACUUAGAGGAAUCUACAGUUCCACUCAUAAGCUCACUCAUCAGCUCGGGAAUUCGGGUGUUAAUUUUCAGUGGAGAUCAAGAUUCUGUUAUCCCAUUAACCGGGACUCGGACACUACUCCAUGGAUUGGCAAAUAAGUUGGGACUGAAGACAACUACAACUUACAGAGCUUGGUUUGAGGGGAAACAGGUCGGCGGAUGGACACAAGAGUAUGGAAAUAUCCUCUCCUUUGCCACCAUUAGAGGAGCAUCUCACAAGGCUCCAUUCUCACAGCCAGAGAGAUCAUUUGUGUUGUUCAAUGCAUUCCUGGAAGGGAAACCACUGAGAAGAAUUCUGAGCUAUUGAAUAACUUCAUUUUGUGUAAUUAACUAGUGCUGCUGUAUUUAAUAGACAGAGGGAAACUUAUCCUCUAACCUAGGAGUUGAAACCUUGGAACCCUUAACCACUGCCUACCGCAGUUGGUGACGAUGUGGUGCGAUAAGCCCACAGUCACCAGGAGGUCUCGAGUUCGAGUCUCUGGCUGUUACCUUCUCCCUCCCCUCUUCUAUAGUGUUACACUAAUAUUAAAAGAUAAAUAAUGAAGCACAUGGCUUAAAAUCA